AUGUAUAACCCAAAAACUCUCCUCACUCUCGUCGUUGCCUUCUUGGCCGCCACUGCCAUCGCUGCUCCAACAGGGGCCGAUGAUCGCUUAGCAAAAAGAUUCGAUAAAGAGUCCAUCAAAAAAGAUAGAGAAGCCAUCAGUCGCUUGAACGGUACAAAGGUUGACCCCAACCUAAAGAAUGGAACUGUGAGUACCACUCUCCUCUCAAAUAACAGUCAAAAGAUUUACGGCUUAUAUGAGCUAUUCAUUCAACUUAUUUUGGGUAUAAAAUACUAAUUAGACGUACGCAGAUUCUGUUGGACAACGGAGAAGGACGAUGUGUCGCCGUCAGCGGGACCGCGGUUUGCAAUGGUAUCAGCGGAUAG